GUAUUAGAAGCAUAACUGGGAGUGGGUAAACAAACAAGAUUUGUGUGAAACAUGGCAUCAGAAGAUCAAGUGAAACUCUUGCUCAUAAGACCAAGUCCCUUUGCAAUGAGCUGCGCCCUUGCUUUGAAUCACAAGGGGGUGAAAUUCGAGGUUGUGGAGGAGAAUUUGUGCAGUAAAAGCGAGCUGCUCCUCCAAACAAAUCCUGUAUACAAGCAGGUCCCUGUUCUUCUCCACAACGGAAGGUCAAUUUCUCAGUCUCUGGUCAUACUCGAAUACAUUCAGGAAGCCUGGCCAGAUCCUUCUCUGCUCCCACAAACGCCCUACGAAAGGGCUCUUGCCCGAUUCUGGGCCAAUUACAUUAACAAAAAGUUCUUAGAAACUGGGCUGAAAUUGAUGAAGAGAUUCGGGGAAGAGCAUGAAACCGCGCGGAAAGACAUUGUGCAGCAGUUUGAGACUCUUGAAAAGGGUAUGAUCGGCGAGGGCCCCUUUUUCAUGGGCGGCAGGAUGAGCUUGGUGGAUGUUGCUCUGGUGCGCCUGGUUCCAUGGAUGGCCUCUUUUGAGGCUCUCGGAGACUUGAAAUUCCCCGAUGCGCAGCAGUGCGGCCGUAUGCACCGCUGGCUAGCUGCCAUGCGGGAAAAUCCAAAUGUUAUAGCUUUUGUUCCUGACUCUGACUGGCUACUGAAUAGCACCAUCAAUGUACGACAAUAUAUCUCAGAGCAUCAUCUAGGAGGAUUGUUUGAGGGAGGAGUGUAG